AGGUCUUAUCGGAAGCGCAAAGGCCAAUGGUGAUUGUGGGUAGUUCAAUACUACAACGAGCAGAUGGUGCAAGUAUUUAUGACUUGGUGUUCUCGUUGGCUAAUAAACUGAAAGCUUCCCAACAAGUUCCUUCAGACUGGAGAACACUGAAUAUAAUGCAUAGAGUAAGUUGAAAUUAUAUGAUUGUGUUUGCAGCAUUCAUCUUGCAUGAAUGUUAAAGGUGAAUCCUGCACCUUUAACAAUUUGCGAAAAUCUCAGAGUUGGCGCUAGAAGAAAGAACUUUGAAGUCAUCAAUAGAAGGUGUAUGGCCAGAAGUUUUUAGGUGCGAAAUGAUGCUUAUGAGUGUGGUAUUAUACUGCUCUCAUUGCCUUUAUUAAGGUGGCUUAAUAACAGUUUUUAAAAUAAUGGAAAAUUCGCGAUUUAGAUGCGUAUUUUUGGACAAUUAUUACUUGUUGAUAAACAAAAAGUACCUUACGUAUAUAAACCAACAUCUAAAGAGUUUGAAUUUUUGCACGAAAGUUACCCAACUGCCGUUUCUAUGGCAACAAUGACGUUUCAAGAUGGCGGAUAUUUUAGCUUUAAAGUAAUUUAACUCGUACACGACAUCGGUGACCCCAAAUUUUAUUUUAAAAAAUUAUUUCUCUUAGUAUAAUCAAUUAUUUUGACAGUUUUAAAAAAAUUCUGUGGAGCCAAACAUUUUUAAAUUAUGUAAAGAUGAUUAUUCAUAAUAAUUUUUUUGGCUCCACAGAAUUUUUUUUAAAUUGUCAAAAUAAUUGAUAUACAAAGAGAAAUCAUUUCUUUAAAUAAAAUUUGGGGGUCGCCGAUGUCGUUUACGAGUUAAAUUACUUUAAAGCCAAAAUAUCCGCCAUCUUGAAACGUCAUUGUUGCCAUAACAAUGCCGUAACUUUUGUGCAGAAGUUCAAACUUUUUAGAUGUUGUUUUCUAUAAGUAAGGUACUUUUUGUUUAUCAAAAAGUAAUAAAUGUCCAAAAAUACGCAUCUAAAUCGUGAAUUUUCCAUUUUUUAAAUGCUGUAUUGAGCCACCUUAAGGCGGAAACACCUAUAGGUGUUCCGAUACUCGGGUGUGUAAAUGACGGACCGUUUGGCGCACAUACGACGCGGCACAGCAUUGACACUGAAAAAAUACACUAUACCUGACCGAACUCAAAGUCAUCGGAUAUCAAUCGGAAAUCACAAUACAUAUACGUCCGACCCAAACUCAAAGUCCUCGAAUAUUUUGUCAGACGGUUCUCUGGCCGACAUUUUAAGGCCAGGGCACUUGGCUCAAAAAAGAAGUACUGGACCAUAAUAUUAACGUACCUCCGGUAUAAGCAAGCACGCGAUUUACCGCACCCUAUAUUUGAGUUAUCUGGUACGCAUAUCGUUUACGGUUAAAAGCCGAAAAAUUGCGUUGCCGUAUCGCGUCCGGCGUGUCUUAUAACAAACGUACUUGCAGGUUCGGUGAGUCCGGGAUUGGACGCACCGAGGGUGGCUGAAAGUUUCCCGAACUCACCGAGCGAAGCGAGGUGAGUUCGGGAAACUUCCAGCCACCCGAGGUGCGUCCAAUCCCGGACUCACCGAACCUGCAAGUGCGUUUGGUUUUUAUCCCAUACACCGAGCCAUAUACACACAUUUGUAGCUCUUCGCGAUAUAUUCGUCGAAGUUUUGUCAACAUUUUCCCGGCCAAAAAAACACUGGGCUCUUAAUACUUUUUAUCUACGUCUAGAUUACCUUUAUUGCAUUUUUUCUUCGGUUUUUCUUUAGUCUCAGUAUGUUAGUCACCGAAAAAAGUUCUUUAAAGUCUAGGUUUAUCGGCUAAAUCUUGUCCGCCAUAUUGUUAUUGCAACGUGAGCAGUUUCGCGGGUGAGUUCGGCGAAAAGCAGGUGAGUUCGGACAAAAAGCAGGUGAGCUCGACGACAAGCUCACCUGCUCUAAACCAAUCAGAAAGCCGCUUUUAACACAGGUAUGGGAUAAGGGUCUUUAUCGAUCUGUGCCAGUGUAGGUAUAGUGCGAAUAAUAACAAAACUUCUGUUGAUAGGGAUGCAACUACCUGAAAAAUACAAGGAGAACUUGGGCGUUUCGAGCGAAUUAAGGCCCUUCGUGGGGGAAGUUAUUAGACUAACGUCAGGAAGUUAGUGGCUCCCGACGAAGGGCCUUCGCUCGAAACGUCGAAUUUUUCCUUGUAUUCUUCAGAAAGUUGCAUACCUAUCAACCGAAGUUUUGUUAUUUCUGCGUCUUUAUCGCCAUUAACCGUAACGAAAUUGUUUUAAAAUCAUUUUGCAGAUGGCAAGUCAGGUGGCAGCGUUAGAUAUUGGAUAUAAACCUCGACUGGAUCUACCAAGCUCACUCAAGUUCUUAUAUCUUCUUGGAGCAGUAAGUGUAUAGCCACUCCUUGUUUCGAGUAAGACCACUGUACCUUAUAGGCUGAUAGGGAAAAUAAGUGGGUGUAUUUGAGUAUUAACAGUUGAAGGAUUAAGGGUUAUUAAACCCUACAGUUGCAUUUUUUAUCCAAAUUUUGCAUGUUUUAUCCAAAUUGAACUGCAUGGAAACCAUGCUAUUAACAGUGGGCAGUGAACACUCUUUCGCAUCCAUACUGAAUAUGUGCAAUCGGUAACCUUUAUAACGAAUUCCUAUGACAUGUAUAAGCAACGGACACGUUUUCUAUUCUGAAACUUAUGUCAACAAGAAAUGAAACAGUAGAGAACCUGCAGCAUGCCCCUCAUAUGGGAGUUCCACUGUAUUUGUGCUGACUGUUUUGUCAAGAAAGCGACGUUUUUAUCAACAUGCAUACAUGCAUGCACGGACGUCAGAUUGUUGGGGGGACUGGAUUACAAACUUUGUUUGUGUGAGUUUGUGGUAAUCUUCAACACGUAUGACAGAACAUAAGAUUUUGAAAGUUUUUUGCUUUCUUACAUGAGCGCUAUGAUGCAGCACGCCUCCAAAAUUAUAGUUAUACCAAUUUUAGGGUGACGUUACUUGCUUAAGCUCACUAACUGUGAACUUAAACGAUUACGUAGUUUUAAUUACUUGCUAAGUUAAGUCAAAUCUUUCCUUCCUACCAAAGAGAUUUUCGUAACACGAAGGAGCCUGGGCUUCUUGGCUACCCUGGCUAAUAUUAAUAUCCCCUUAAUCUUCACAGUGUUUUAGCUGCUCUUCAAUCAUAAGUUUAUUUAAUUAAUGUUUAGGAUAUUGGAACAGUUAAUAAAGAAAACUUACCUAAAGAUUGCUUUAUCGUAUAUCAAGGUAAUGUGGAUAUCUACACUACAGGGUCGCCGAGAGAAUUCGCGGGGCCCUUGUCAAAUCUUCCCUGGGAGCCUCAUGACAUCAUUAUUUUUAAGCUAGACCCAACUAUACCUUAGCUAGACUGCAUGUGGAGGUACUGUUAGGGGCCCUCAAUUUCAAAAAUGCGCUGACGAAUUCAUUGAAGUUUGCUGCCCUUUGCAACGGUGAAUUGUGAAUAACUGUUCGAAAUGUUUUUUGAGGUUCCAUUUGUAAACGGUAUAGUAACGUUUAGUGACGAAAAUAUUUCGCUAUUCGUAUAUAUUAACCUAUAUCUUUGUAACAGCUAUAAAUACUAAGCCUCCCACUUUUGUUAUGCAUUAUAACUGCUAUUGGCCGGCGAGAAAUUUUUCUGUAUUCUCUUUCGUAUAAAGGCUGUAUCCUCUUUCCUAUAAAGGCUCUAUGUGGUUCACGAAAUGCUAGAGAGUGCUCGAUAUCGUAUCAGAUAGUAGUACUUCAAGGUUGCCACUACAGCCCGUUUCAUCCAAUGAAGAAAUCUGAACAGUAAUCUUCAGAAAGCCAUUUUGUGUACAUGUAAUUCGCUAAUUUAGUCGUCUAUUGACAGCUGCUGCGAGCUGUCCAUUUGAAAAUAAAAUAUUCAGUAAUAAUAAAUUUUUGCUAUUUUUGAUAAUUGACUGCUUGGUCACAGUUAACAAUUGAGUGCAAACGGCGGUGUUGUCUUGUAUUAAUUUCCUUCCAACCAUACACAGGUCACCAUGGAGAUUAUGGUGCACACAUGGCCGAUGUUAUAUUACCGGGUGCUGCGUACACAGAAAAAACAGCAACAUACGUGAAUACUGAGGGAAGAGCACAACAGACGAGGUAAGGAUAUAAUGCGCAACAGUAAAGGGGCGUUGGAUGUUUAUUUGUUCCUAUACUAUACAACAGGAAUGAUGUAUACAAAUAAUGAAUGUUUAUGAGUGCGAUGGUAAAAUAUUUUCAUGAGUGAAAGAUGGAUUUUUCCAUUUGCCAAGUGUAAUGGAAAAUUCCAUCUUUCACCGAAUGAAAAUAUUUUUACUAUUGCGCGAAUGAAAACAUUCAUGUAAUAUUUGUUUUAUAUGACACAAAAGUACUGAAAAUGGUUUUAUUUGUUUGAAUUUUUAAGUGAAUUAAAUACAAAACAAAUACAUACAUCAGUUACAUGUGCAUGUUCAAAAAUAAUUGAAAUCUAACAAAAUAAUUGAAAUCCAAAAAAAUGUUUUGAUGAAGAAUUAAUACGAUAAUGGUGAUCGUUUAACUGGACAUAACCGUAAAAAUAUUAUAUUUAUGUUGGAAGACGGGGUGCUUUUGAUGUAUUGAAAUAAGUCACUAGGCUAAACGAAAGUUCAAAUGCUGGGGCCGGUUGUUCAAAAGCUGGUUAGCUUAAUCUUAGGUUUAACGCAAAUUUCAAAGCAAUCUUCACAACAGCCUGUUUAGAAACAAAAAGAUAGUUUUCCAAAAUUCAUGUCUGGACGAACAGAAGUUUUAUUUUCCAAAGUUUUGAAAUAAACAGAUGUGCAAAUGUACCCAAACUAAAACAGUGGGUUAAAUUUUAACCCGGGGUUAGCGCUAACCCAGCUUUUAGCAACCGCCCCCUGGUUACCAGAACUCAAUUUCUGCAGAGAAGAUCUUGUAGUUCAAGAAGAUUAUUAUUGCUGCUUGAACAAUUUUUCGUUUACAGUUAACUAUAAUAUAUCUCUAGAAAAUAAUGUAGUUUUUUGCUGAAUCGUGCACCGUGACUUAUUUCAAUACAUCAAAAUAAUCCCGCAUCACAUCUCGUCCCGGCAAGUGAGAUCAUAUAAACAGCCCCCUAUUCAGCAGAUUGUGCAUGUAGCAUGCUGCCUUUGAUCCCUUGGGGGAUCAGUUGUUUCCUAUUGAUAACCAAUCAUUGACGAAGAACGGGAGGAAAGUGUUUACCAGGUAUUUGCACGACAUCCUGCAGUCAUCUCUGGUAACAAAACUGACUUGGGAGAAGCCAUAGGAGUAGAACAUUCCAUAGAUACCGGAAACGCACCGCCAAUACGAAUUCCAGCACGAAGAUUGCCAUUCCACAAACGAGAAACCGUACGGAAAGAGGUGGAAUCGAUGAUUGAGAGCGAUAUAAUCGAACACUCAAAGUCUCCAUGGGCAGCUCCGGUGAUUUUGGUAAAGAAGAAAGAUGGGACUGAACGCUUCUGCAUUAACUAUCGGAAGUUGAACGAAAUUACCAAAAAGGACGUCUAUCCACUACCAAGAUGCGAAGAAAUCCUAGAGUCAUUGGCCGGUGCAGCGUACUUCUCACAUUUAGAUUUAGUCCGUGGCUACUGGCAAAUUAAGAUCGCCGAGGAAGAUCGUGAGAAAACAGCGUUUUCAACUCCCGAUGGACAUUUCCAGUUCAAAAGAAUGCCACCUUUCAUCCCUUGAGGCAGCACGUAGUAACUCCUAUUAUAUUUUUACACCCGCGAUAUUGCUUCGCCGGAGUUAUGUAUUUGAAUUUAAUUCGUAAUUCAUCGGUCUCAGUAUGAUUGCAGCUCAUAAAUUAUAGUAAAAAGAGCUACGGUCACAAUACGAAUAGAAUUUUAAAUGAUUGAUAUUAAAUUAAAGCCUUUCACGUACUAUUGAUGCUGAACAAAAUGAUAAUUUUUAUUCAAAUCACGUGAUCAUAAUCAGCCAAUUAAGGAGGCUCCCUACAGUUUCCAAUAUAUGUCAGUGUUUUAAACUAAAACCUAUUUAAUUAAUUUAAAUCUGAAAAAAACCCUAAUUUUUUGCACAAGCCAUUGUUUCCUCCUAUAUAAAAGAGUAAUUUUAACCCACAGUCGUUACUCUUCACGUUACCAUGACAACAUGACGUCACCAUCUAUAUGGCCUAUAUUAACCAAAAAAGCCGUCUUAGCGGAUAAAUAACCACGGUGACCUACCUUUUUUAUUGCAGAAAUUACAUUGUUAUAAAGUUUUGAAUCUUUUUUGAAAGUUAUUUGAAAAUCGCCAGUGUAGUUUUCGAGAAACUGAAUUUCAGCCUUUAAGAUUGCAUUUUAGCCUCUGGAAAGGCUGAAAUUUAGUUUCUCGAAAACUACACUGGGGAUUUUCAAAUAACUUUAAAAAAGAUUCAAAACUUUAUAACAAUGUAAUUUCUGCAAUAAAAAAGGUAGGUCACCGUGGUUAUUUGUCCGCUAAGACGGCUUUUUGGUUGAAUUUGCCAAUAUAAAUGGUGACGUCAUGUUGUCAUGGUAACGUGAAGAGUAGCGAUUGUGGGUUAAAAUUACUCUUUUAUAUAAGAGGAAACAUUGGCUUGUGCAAAAAAUUAGUUUUUUUUAGAUUUAAAUUAAUUAAAUAGGUUUAAGUUUAAAACACUCACAUAUUUUGGAAACUGUAUGGAGUCUCCUUAAAUGACCGGAAUUUAACGAGCUGUUGUAUAAAGAGAUUUUGACAUUAAUUAUUCCGUCUGAAGAUUCACUGUUUCUUUAUCUCUGUGAGAUCUGUUCACAAGCUAAACUAUAACUAUCACUAUUUAGCCCUUCCCCGGAUAUCCGGCCGGAUAUGAUAUCCGGUGCAUCCCUAGUUAUUGUGGUUCGGAUGUAUUUAUUAGCUUCUGACUUUCUCUGCCGUUUAAAUGUCAUAUUCUUAUUUCAAAGGCGAGCUGUAUCCCCUCCUGGGUUAGCAAGAGAUGAUUGGAAAAUAAUAAGAGCACUUUCAGAGGUACGCAUGCACUUUUUUCUACGUUUUGUUUUUCAUUUUAAACAUUGUAUUUUAAAAUCAGUGCGAUUAAAGGGGCCCAUAAAGGAAGGAAGGCCCAAUUCUUGAUAUACAAAAUUGCUUAACUGAGAAUAUAAAUUAGAAUCCUGGCUGCGCUAGUGCAGGACAAUAUGGUAUGAAAUAUGCAGUGAGAAAAAUAUCAUAAAAUUAUGUAUGCUGUACCAUUGGCUUGAGUUUUAUCAAACAUGAAUUCAUCUGUCGAUGGGCCCUUUUCUAAAACGUGAAAAAUUAUUUUGCUAGAUAUGUGGAGAUCCUCUACCGUAUGACACGCUGAAUGAUAUAAGAAGUCGUAUGACUGAGAUUGCACCAAAUCUCACUCGAUAUGGCGAUGUUGAAGAAGCAAAUUAUUUUUCGUUGACUAAAGAGUUACUAAAGGUAUGUUAAAGGCAGUGAGGAAACACGGCCAGACCACGUCAGCUAUUUCAGGCAUCAAUUCUUCUCAUCUCUUCAAACAAAAUUGCUUCAAAGCUCAAUGUGUGAAACGUGAUUUUCCCAAUGUAUGUUUUGAAAUUUGAAAUAUUGCUUAUCCCACUCCUGGCAAACAGCUAUAUUUUAGAGAUCAGUGAGGUCCACCCAUGAACCAUAGUCACGCGCGCCCGCGAUUAUUGUUGAAUUUUAUACUUCGCUAAUGCUUUCUUUUCCCCGGGUGUAAAUAACCGGGCGGAAUUUGGCUGAAAAAAGAGCAUUCUUCUAGAGUAGAAUAAGAAGUUAUUUUAUAUAAAAACUUAACAACGUGACAUAUUAAAUCUUUUUUAAUGGUAAAAAAGAUAAUUAAUUAAGUUUUUCUUUGCGAGCGGUCCAUCUUAGCGGUACGUACUGUGAUUUUCCGACCGCUCAGCUGCAUUUUGCAGAUGGACUGCAAACUUAUUUCUCUCUAUCUUCGGAAUACGUCUACCACUGAUCAGCACAUUAGUUUUUUUGAAGUUGUACUUUGUGUUCUUUUCUAUAGGGCAGUAAACCAUCAGAUAAAGCUCUUCUCCCUUUUAUUUCAAAUUUGGAAGAUUUCUACAUGACCGACCCCAUUAGUCGUGCCUCACUAACCAUGGCGAAGUGCUCAAAAGCUGUGAAAACAAUGGCCUAAGUGGAGCGAUGUGCAUACAGGUGCAUUGAUUGGGACCUAAUUUUUCUCCAAACAACGGGGUAUGUUGAACAACGAAAAACCCGCCAUGUGCUCUGUGCGUUUUUCACAGUUUGUUGAAGGUUUGCGAACAUUGUUUCUGUUGCUUUUGUAUAUUUUUAUUUAAUAUGUUCAUUACACUAUAGUUUUAUACCUAAAAAUUAAUGGAUGUAUUAAAAUAUCUAUGGAUGUGUUUAAAUAAAAAUUAACAUUGAAA